AUGGGAGCGAGAUGCCUUGACGGCAGCCCCCCAGGGUACUAUUUCCGGGUGGGCACGGGAGCUGGCAAGAACAUGUGGCACAUUUACCUUCCGGGCGGCGCGUGGUGUGGCUCUGCUGCUGAGUGCGUGGCGAGGAGCAAGACGCGGCUGGGAAGUAGCACGUUUUAUCCUGACGACCCAAACAGUAAGGUAAUUCGGCCCCCUUUCAUGGGCAUUCUCAGCAGCAACAGCAGCACCAACCCGGCCUUUUACAACUGGAACCUCGUCCGCCCCAUCUACUGCGACGGUGGUGGAUUUGCAGGGACGACCGGGAGGGUGGAGGUGGGGGGUGGGAAAGUGCUGUACCUGGAUGGGUGGAAGAUCGUUCGGGCUAUUUUGGAUGGUGAGUGGUGUGGUUGUGGUGAAAGGUGGUCUACUGUGAUGGCGGGGGAUUUGCAGGGACGACCGGGAGGGUGGAGGUGGGGGGUGGGAAAGUGCUGUACCUGGAUGGGUGGAAGAUCGUUCGGGCUAUUUUGGAUGGUGAGUGGUGUGGUUGUGGUGAAAGGUGGUCUACUCUACUGUGAUGGCGGGGGAUUUGCAGGGACGACCGGGAGGGUGGAGGUGGGGGGUGGGAAAGUGCUGUACCUGGAUGGGUGGAAGAUCGUUCGGGCUAUUUUGGAUGAUUUGAAAUCAUAUCGCGGGCUCAAAUCUGCAGCACAGAUUCUUCUAUCGGGCAGCUCAGCGGGCGGUCAAGCAGUUGUGGCUCUCUGCGAUCGCAUCGCUGCCGCCUUCCCCUGGGCGGCAACCAAAUGCAUCUCCGACUCGGGCUUUUUCAUUGACUCCAAAGACCGUACGGGCGGGUUCACGUGGCGCAUUCUUGCCAAGAGCGUGGUUGACCUGCAUCAGCCUAAGUGGUCUUGCUUGGAUGGACCUGACUCUCUCUAUCUUCGCACGCUCCCUUGCGCGUCGCGCUGCGCUGCACCAGCCUAA